AGGAGUAUUCACUGCGCUCUGUCCAUCACCCGAUAAACAGCCAGCGGAGCCCUCGCCAUUCCAGUACACUGCUGGAGAGAUGAGACAAUUACGCCAGCUGCCCCUAGUGGGGCUCCUGUUGUUCGUUCUUCUCCCAAGCCAACUAUGCAAUAUCUGUGAGGUACAGGAAGAAGAUUACUCCCAACUAGACCCUCUGAUAAGCACAAUGGUCGAAUCAAAAUAUACCAGAGGAAUCCAAGCUGCCAAUGUUUUGCUGUCCCUCAAACUUGCUGGGAUAUCUGACCUAAGCUCAGAAGGACGGAUGACCCGACAAGUCGAAGACGAUGUGACAAACAACAAGUCAAAUUUAACCUCGGGACAGCUUGCCUUGUCUAUAAUGGCUUUGGGAGCUUGUCAAAACCCCAACACGUACUUUAAACAGGAUCGUUAUCUGAUCAGACAACUAGAAACGAAAUUCGAAGCUGAAAUUGAAAAUAUGGAAAAAAACAAUGGCAAUCCCCUGACUAACUAUUACCAGCUUGGUUUGGACGUUUUGGCCUUGUGUCUGUUCAAAGGGAACUACUCAACCACCAAAGUUGCUGAACUCUUCACUCCUGGAAAUAAAAACUUUCGUCUUGGUCACAAGUUCUCCGUAGAUACUGGUGCAAUGGCUGUUCUGGCUCUGACAUGUGUGAAGAGGAGUACAUAUAGGGAAAACAUCAAAUGCCAUAAAAAGGAUUUAAAGCGUAUCAAAUAUAAUAUAGCAUCACUGGUAAAAAAGAUUCUGCGUGAGAAAAAAGCAAAUGGUCUCAUUGGAAACAUAUAUAGUACAGGAGAGGCUAUGCAGGCUCUCUUUGUCUCAUCAAGACAUUACAAGGAACGGGAAUGGGAGUGCCAAAGAACUCUGGAUAAAGUGCUGGAGGAAAUUUCUCAUGGAGCAUUCCGUAUGCCAAUUGCUGCAGCCCAGGUCUUACCUGCCCUGAUGGGAAAAACUUUAUUGGACAUUAACAAAUACUCUUGCUGUAUCAAUAAUACAGGUUACUUCAACAUCUCCCCUGUAACUGCGACGCCUACCGUUUCACCCUCAUAUAUCAAAGUACAUUACUCUGUGAAAAUCAGGGAAACAUAUUCUACCGAAGUCACUGUGAGAAAGGGUUCUGUCUUCCUAGAUGUGAUGGAGGAAGCUCAGAAAAUAAAUAAAGCUGAAUUUGGUUUCACAUCUGUGGAGAGCUCAUGGGGGCCCUACAUCACCUCUGUUCAGGGCGUAACAGCCAACAAUAACAACAGAACCUACUGGCAACUGCUGAAUAAUGGCAAACCACUGGACCAAGGAGUUGGUAGUUAUAUUGUCCAUGAGGGAGACAAUUUGGAGGUUCGUUGGAGCACCUACUAAAAUACUCAACCCUUCCUCAUCUGGAUCGGAUCCUUUUGCAGUAGAAUUCCACACAGAAAUUGUCUUCAUGCCUUUUUUUCAUUUAUCUCAAUCAUAGUAGGAAAGUCAAUAACCUCCCUUUCUCUCUUUGCAUGUUCAAUAAAAGAUCAAAAACUGUA